AUGAAGCCAAAUGAAGACGGCACCGAGGUGGAGUGGCUGACACUGGAAGUGACCCUGGGCGACUGGUGGUCGGCCACGGAGACCAUCAACGGGUCGGCGGUGGCUGAUCCGCAGCUUCGCUGGGGCGCCGUCUCCAAGAUUGCUCAGUGCGAUCUGGUGGAACAGGUGUGCUUCAAGACCACUGGCGGUAGAAAUCUGGCCAACUACUUUGCCACAAUGAGUUUCGACUUUAAGCGGAAGCUGGACGCUGCCUUUGGGGCACUUGGCGAGACCGCCUACUUCAUUCAGGACAAAAGCCUGUACAAGGUGCUCUACAAGAACCAGUGCAUCGGCAAUCCGUACCUCGACGUGGUCGCCUUUCCCUCGGUGGACAUUGGCACGACCACCACUGCGGCCGCCUUCAUCAACCACAGCUCUACCGUAGUUUUCUUCGACGGUGAACUGCACCUGAAGGUGACCAACGCCAGCGGUGUCAUCGGCGAAGAGGGCGCUCUCAGGCAACGACUGGUCGACCUGGGAAGUGGAGUCCUCUCCUAUUUCAAGUCACUCUUCGGUUCGAAGGAGAUGCGCAUUCUCAUUCUCGGCCUGGACGGCGCCGGCAAGACGACCAUUCUCUACAGACUGCAAGUGGGCGAAGUUGUCACGACCAUUCCUACCAUCGGCUUCAACGUGGAGCAGGUGACGUACAAGAACUUGAAGUUUCAGGUGUGGGAUCUCGGCGGCCAGACGUCCAUUAGGCCGUACUGGCGCUGCUACUACUCCAACACAGACGCCAUCAUCUACGUCGUCGACAGCAGUGAUAGAGAUCGCAUAGGCAUCUCCAAACAGGAGCUGGUCUCUAUGCUGGAGGAGGACGAGCUAAAGAGCGCCAUCCUCGUGGUGCUGGCAAACAAGCAGGACAUGGAGAACGCCCUCACCGUCGCCGAGGUGCACAAGGAGCUGGGUCUUGAUGUGCUGAGAAACCGAACGUUCCAAAUCUUCAAAACCUCCGCCAUCAAGGGCGACGGCCUCGACGAGGCGAUGGAGUGGCUAUCAAACGCCCUUACCGCCACCAAGUAA